CGUUACUGCAACUGGAUAGCGACACAGUAAUGACGCAGUUUACUGCACACACUCAUGAAUGAGCCGCUGCUGAACUCAUUAGACGCAUCAUUGAAACAUCGAGCUAUAUCACACAGGAUCAACGACAUUUGAGCCGGCAAUCAGUGAAACCAGUAAUUUGGACCGGCUUUGCACGAUUGCCUUCCGCGGCCGUGGUAGAUAGCAUAACAAAGCAGCCAUGGGUGGCAUGGAGUUCAUCGGCCGGGUGGUGUCCAACCGUAUGCAAAAGACGGUGGUGGUGGCUGUGAGCUACGUGGUGUGGGUACCCAAGUACAAAGUGUACCAAAAGCGCGUUGCGCGGCACAAGGCACGAGAUGAAUCACAAGCGAGCGUCAUUGGCGACAUCGUGCGGAUACGCAAGUCCCGGAAGUUUUCUCGCGAGGUGUCGUACUCAGUGGUAGACACGCUGCGGAAAGCGCACGUGUACGACCCGGCGGCGGCGGCGGCGCUGGUGGCCACACGUGAUGCGGCGCGCGCCGCCGCGGCCGCGUCGACAGGGACACGGGCAGGGGCAGCAGCAGCGGGCGAGGGGCAAGCGGCGCAACUAGAAGGGGCGGGCUUUGCCGCCUCCGGCGUAGCCACGUCAAGCGCGGGAGGUCGCUCAGACCCCUGGGUUGCGGAGGCGGCGCGGCGGCUGGAUGCGUCGGCGGCGCGGCUGGCGGCGCUGCGGGAGCUGUACGAGAAGGAGGUUGGGCCGGGCGUGCCACUAAGCGGGGCGGUGCUGGCAGUGGCCAACUCGGGGCCGGGCGGGACGGGCAGCGUACGGGGCAAGGCGGCGGCGGCGGCGGCGGGGGCGGCAGAGGGCCCGGGUGAUGCGAAGGCACAGCAGGACAAGCAGUGAGCCGCGCGGCUGGCGUAGUUGUCGUGGCGGAUUGAUGUUAGGCAGGUUGCUAGGUAGGAUGGCGGCAGGCUGGUGCGGAUGUAGGUCCGCGGGCUUCAAUUGUGCUGAUGGGAGGCGGUGCCAGCUCCAGGGACAGGGCGUGAGCCUGGCUGGCAAGGCACGAUAGACAUGUUAUGCCAGGAGCAUACUGACCGGGGGCAACUUAGGGUAAGAAUGUGACACAAUUACAUGGCCUGUUGCUCACACGACGAAGACUUGAGCUGCGGCAUGCACCCGUGCAAGUUCAUCACGUGCAAUCG